AUGGAGCUAGCGAGGACUCACACAGCCUUUGUCCUCAUGCUGAUGUUGCAGUGGGCUGCAGGCGUGCAGGGAGAGUGCCUGUCCCCGGGACGGAAGUGUGACUUCACAUGUGACUGUACCGACUGUAGCGAUGAAAGCGACUGUGGCUACAGCGGGAAGAGCUUUGCGUGUACCUUUGAGGCUACCUCCUGUGGGUGGCAGUCCGAGGCUCAAGCCCUCAGCUACAUCUGGGAGGAGCAUCAGAGAGGGGAGACCCCGCCCACCAGCGGCCCCUCCUCCGACUACACCACCGGCACCGCCUCAGGUCGCUAUAUGGGUGUGACGGCCGUGUCGGCCAGCACUCCUUCGACCGCAAAGCUGUUCUCACCUCCGAUGACUAACACCUCUCCGACCUGCCGCCUGCGCCUCCGAUACUUCACCUGGGACGCAGGACUAACAGGUCUGGGGCAGACACCGCUGUGGGCGUCUGUGCUGCAUCUGAACGGUUCGAGUCUGGUGGUCUGGCGGCCCGGUAGCUCUAGUGUCAACGCCUGGAGGGAGGCCGACAUCUUCCUCGGUCGCAUCCCAUUCGGAUUCCAAAUAUAUCUGCAAAGCAAGCGCACCGAGGGUCUCCGUGGUGACAUCGCCGUCGACCAGCUGGAGUUCCUGGACUGCGCUCUGCCCGCGCCGAGCGCAUCAGGGCUCUGCGCAGACGGCCUGCUGCUGUGUGCGCGCGGCGGAUGUGUGGAGCAGCGGCAGGUCUGCGACGGCACUGACGACUGCGGCGACGGCACCGAUGAGCUGAAAUGCGAGGGCUACCAGGCAUGUGACUUUGAGGACGAUCGGUGUGACUGGAACCUGACACCUAUUUCCAAUCUGCAUUGGACACGGACCUCUCAGAACAACGUCUCCACCACCGACCCGCUCCAAGGGCCCGGCAGAGACCAUUCCACCAACAGCGUCACAGGUCACUUCCUGUACGUGACCGUGCCCGAGGGGGGGCUGAAACAUGAUUGGGCGGUAUUUCAAAGUCCACUCCUGGAACCCACCAACAGCACGCACCCUUGCAAGCUGGUGAUGUACACCCAUCAGUUUGGGCCGCGGGCCGGGGGUCUAUCCGUCCUGGUUGCAAGCUACAAGAUCGCCCCCGUCUGGGAGCGGGGUGGUGACCUGGGGGACCUGUGGGUGAAGGCAGAGGUGGAGCUGGUGGCCAACACCACCUUCAAGAUCCUGGUGGUGGCAGCCAUCAGGGAUGCUGAGUAUGGGGGUAUUGGAGUGGACAGCUUGCGUCUGUCCCCUGGCUGUGUCCGAUCAUCAGGAAGCCCGACAACGCCGACGGAAUUCCCCCGUCCCCCUGGAGAUCCCUGCAUCGAGAGCAGCAAGAUGUGCGACUUUGCCACCGACUGCUCAGAGUCCGCUGACGAAGACAAGUGUGGUGACUUCUCCUACGAUAAGGGCAGCUCAGGUUGGACAGACCGGAGCAUUGGAAGUCAAGCCUGGAAGCUGCAUAAGAAUUCAAACUCCAUCCCCAAAGAGGAGUACCUGUAUGUCUCCGGGGCCCCUGGCCAGCAGCUGACGGACGCCCAGUGCAGAACUCCUCCCCUGGGGCCCUCAGGGCCGGCCUGCAGCCUCUCCUUCUCCUACGCCCUCACCGGAGCCCCCGACCACAUCGGAGACCUGUCAGUCCGACUGAUUGACAGCUUGCGGGGCCAGUUGCCUAAGCUGUGGGAGUUCAGCGGGAAGACCGGCCCUGAGGAGACGGCCUGGCGCAGGGCCGAGGUGACAGUUGGGGACCGACAACAUCGCUUCCAGCUGGCGUUUGAGGCUCGGGCCGCGACUCUGGGUCUGAACGCCACCGUCCGGGUGAAGGACGUCAGCUUCAGCCGCUGCCACCCCAACCACCUGCCCUCCUCUCCCUCAGGCUCUACUGCUCCACUGUACUCUAUCCUCUGGUCCCAUGCAGGCCUGGCGUGUAACUUUGAGGACGGGCUGUGCGACUGGUACCAGGACCACAGCGAUAACUUUGACUGGACGCUGCUCCCGGGAAUGGACCACACCAUCGGGACCGGUAAGAGCCUGGUGGUGGACCUUUGGGACCCGUCUCUGCGGGGGGGGUCCGGUCGGCUGCUCUCCUUCCCCCAGCAGGCCUUCCCCACGGACCGCUGCCUGGCCUUCUACUACAAGCUCUACGGCUCGCAGACAGGCGUGCUGAAUGUGAAAUUGACGGACGGCUACGGCCAUGAGACGUUGCUAUGGACACGUAGCGGAGCGCAUGGAAACUUCUGGCAUGAAGAACACUGCACAGUCCCUCACCAGUUCAGCAAUUUCCAGCUGGUGUUCGAGGUGCUGCGCUGGGGCUUCGACGGGCGCGUCGCCAUCGACGACGUGGCCCUCCUGGAGCGGCCCUGCGCCGUGCCGCGGCUCUGCUCCUUCGAGGGCCAGGUGUGCGGCUACACCAGCUCGGGGGCCGUCCGCUGGGGCCAGAGGAACGGCCACGCGGCCGCCACCACCGGGGGGCCCAAGGCGGACCACACGCUGGAGACGGAGAUGGGGUACUACAUGAUGGUGUACAGUGGUGUGGACGACCUGGGGUUGGACGGCCUCAGCACCCUGAGCUCCCCGGUCCAACUGGGCUCCAGUGGCACCCAGUGUGUCCACUUCUGGUACCACAUGGGUGGGGAGCACCCUGGUCUCUUCAGCGUGUACAUGAAGCCGAUGACGGGAGACAGAGUGAAGCUCUUUUCUAACAACCUCGACCAAGGAGAUGUCUGGCGCCAUGGCAACGCCAACAUCAGCAGCAACCUGGUAGCCUGGCAGUUGGAGUUCGAGGCGGUCGGGGGAGGGGGAAAGGACACAAGUGUUGCCGUUGACGACGUUUCCCUGCUGGCUCAUCCCUGUGAGAGCGAAGGUGCCAAGUGUACUCUGGAGCAGGGCCUGUGUGGCUGGAGCAACACCAAACAUCUGGACCGGGACAAGCUGGACUGGGACAUCACCAGCAGAGAGACGGAGACACACUACCCUGUCCCCAUGCAUGACCACACACUGGGGACGGAGAGAGGUCACUUCCUGUUCUUCCCCAGCAGCAGUCGGACGCCAGCCAAUCAGAAUGCUCGGCUGGUCAGCGCCCAUCUCCCGCCAACCAAGGGCACCUGUCUGCGGUUCUGGGCUCACAGACCCUCCUCUGCGGACAACGUGCUGACGGUGUGGAGGCUGACGGGGGGGAGCAGUCUCUACCAGCUGCUGAAGGUGGAGGCGGUGGAGGGCACCUGGGCCCCCUUCAAGAUUAGCAUCACCUCCACCGAUAGCUACCAGAUUGUGUUGGAGGGGGUCCGGGGCUCUGCGGGGGUCCUGGCCCUGGAUGACAUCCAGUACACCGUGGGCACCGACUGUGACGGCAGAGUCACAGACCCACAACACGGGGGCCAGGCGGGCAGCGACGCCGGGGGCAGCGACGCCGGGGGCAUCGCCGCGGCCGUCAUCGUGGUUCUGCUCCUGCUGGGCUCGCUGGCCGGCCUCCUCGUCUUCUACCUGCGCACCAGGGGGACGGACGACCAGCUCAUCCCCAGCCGGUCUGCCCGCCAAUCAGUCGCGUCCUCUGGGGGCAAAGGCAUCGUCAACGAUGUGUACGAACCACAGAGCGAGGAUCGCGUGACGAUUCCACCAAUUCAGAACCAUCCCAUGGCUGCAGGCUUCAACAACGUGCUAACCGCGGACUCUGGGACCUUCAGGGAGAUGCAGGUGGCGUGA